AACCUAAGACAGUCAAAGAUGUCCCAGAAAUAAGGAUCCAGAAGCUGGUGAACAUCUUGACUGGAGGCUUCUCUUCCUGCCCUUUUGCCAUUCAGAGGGAUUCUGGGUGUCACAGAACCACGAAUCCUAUGACUUUCUGCUUCUUGUUUGGACCUCACCUGCAUGUUUCUCUCACAGAUACACACUCUCUUAGUUGCAACGUCAUUAUUAAGACUCAUACCACACCUGGACAUCCCUGGUGUGAAGGACAUUGUUCAAUGGAUAGAGAAUCUUUCCUUCAGUAUGAUAAUGACAACAAAGCCACGCCUUUGGGUGAUCUGGGAAAGACAGCACAUGCCACUCAUAUGUGGACAGAUUUUGUACAAGAGCUGGAAUACUUGUGGCAAGAGCUCAGGAAGAUGCUGGCUAACACCAAUCUGAGGAAAACCAAGAUCCGUGGUCACCCCACUUUACAGACCAUCAUGCUUUCUCAGCUUGAACAAGGACAAAUCGUUGGUGCCUCCUGGCGAUUUAACAUCAGUGGAAAGUACUUCUUCAUCCUGAACACAAUGAAUAUGAGCUGGAUACCGAUUAGUCUGGAUGCCAGAGGUAUCAUGAAUGAAUGGAAGGAUGAUGAGGAUCUAACCAUGAAUCUGAAGACCUUCAUAGCAAAUUUCAGGCCCUGGUUCAACGAUCUCUUAAAGCUCCCCUGGGAAAGGACAAGAUCAACAUCAAGGGCCCCAGAUACCAACCAGCUUCCAUCUGCCGCCCAGCAUCCAUCUACCAGUCAAUUUCACAAUGAGAAAGUGUUUAUCCCUGUGGCAGCAGUCAUUGUCAUCAUCUUCCUUUUGACUAUUGGCAUAUUAGUGAAAUGUUGUCCCCAAGUAGACAGAAAUCUUCAGCUGCCCAUGAACUGUUCCAUCAAUUGCUACAAACCACAGAGGAAAGAGAGGCCCGUGGAGCCAAGUGGAGAGUUCCCCAACCAGGCCACCAAAAUGUUGUCCCAGGAGGAUGAGCCCAAGACAUGA